CUUAGAAUAUAAUACUAAGUAAAUACUAAGAAUUCGCUAACUAUUUUAUUUUUAUAAAAUCAUGGAGGAAGUAUGUCUUAUCACUAUGAUAUGCCAUGAUAUCACUAUGAUAGUGUUAUUUUAUUUUGUUUAUUUGGUACUUGGUAGUCGUUAUAUCUUAAACGUCUUGAACAUAAUUUUCAAAUUUCAGUAAAGUAAAAAGUAUUUUAGACUAUAGGUAGUUUUCUUAUUGUAAGUAUGACCGAAAAACUGAUUAAAAGAAAUCCGGUAUUCCAAGCAGAUGAAAUUAAUCUGCUGGAUAGUUUAGUUUUUAAAUAUAAACAUGUAUUGGAAAAUAAACAAAAAGGAGCAGUACAAGUAGCACAAAAAUCUAAGUAUUGGAAUAUUGUGGCGGAUGAAUUUAAUGCAGCUGCAUUAAACGUUUCACGUUCUGCUCUUAAUCUCAAAAAAUGUUGGGAGAAUAGAAAAAAUAGCAAAAAAGCCGAACUAUGUGCUGAAAAAAGAAAUAAAAAAAAAACUGGCGGAGGACCUGAAGAAACUGUACCAACAAAUGAAUCCAUUGAUCAGUUUUUAACUAGCAUAACUGAUAUAGAAGUGCAUGAUGUUUUGGACUCUGAUUCGUUAAGGAAUAUGUCAUCACCAACUACAAAUAAUUUAGAGACUAUUUUACAAGAUUGUGAUAUUGUAUUAGAUGGUGAUGAGUUUACUAAUCAACAUACUGAAAUAGAAAUUGAUUCUACAUCGUUAGCAUCCGAAGAAAUUACCAAAUUAAUUUAUUUUCCAAAUCAAGAAAAAGAGUUGAAUAGUAGAGAAUCGCCUUGCGUUAAUAACAUCAAGAAAAGAUUGAGCAAGGCCAAUGAUUCAACAUUUGAUGCUGUAAGACUUAAAGUCCUUAAAGAAGAAUCAGAUCUUAGAAUUAAAAAGCAGAAAAUAUUAAUUGAACAAGAUGCUAUGAUUCAUAAGAUACGUUUGGAAGAAGCUAAACAAAAUCUUUUAUUAGCUGAACAAAAGUACAAACAAUUUUUGAAUGAAAGUAACCAAAGCUGUUAAAAAAGUUAGUUUUUAAUUUUUUUUUUUUAUUGAGUAUUAUUU